CUGACGUAUAAAUCAGUCGCCGGAAGACGCUGAUUUUUCGGGUCAGGUCGGGAGGCUUUUGGAGGGCAGCUAAUCAUGGCCCUGAGGGUGAUCCAGCGGGUCAGUCCUUUCAUAGUGGUGAAUACCGCACAUAAGGCAAAUGUCCACACAAGUUCAGUGAGAAGCCUAAAGUAUGGCUGGUUGUCCUAUGUGAUGGGUGAGCGAACGACGCCGCGGUUGAAGCAGAACAGUAAAAUCUUCUCUGUGGAUGGCAACUUGGCCUCAGGGAAAGGAGCCCUGGCCCAGAAACUGGCAGACAGGCUGGGGAUGCUCUAUAUGCCCGAGCCUGAUACCUUCUACAUGGACAAGAUGACCGGAGAGAAGGAGCCACUCCCUGUUGCCUUCAAUGGGUUGUGCAGUCUGGAGAAGUUCUACACAGACCCCAAAGCUGCUGAUGGGAACAGCUACAGGCUGCAGUUGUGGAUGUACAACAUGAGGCUGCUUCAGUACUCUGACGCCAUUGAACACCUGCUUACCACAGGCCAAGGUGUGAUACUGGAGCGCUCCCCCUUCAGUGACAUGGUCUUCCUGGAGGCCAUGUUCAAACAUGGCUACAUCAGGAAAGAGGGUGUGCAGCACUACAAUGAGAUCAAAGGCAUUAGCAUCUGUGAGUUCCUGCCUCCACACCUUGUCAUCUAUGUAGACGUUCCAGCUGAGGAGGUGCAGAAGAAGCUGAAACAGAGUGGCAAGUCCUAUCUUCAGAACGUGCCUCUGACUUACUUGAAGAGCAUUGAGGAUAGCUAUAAGAAGUCUUUCCUGCCCCAGGUCAGUGAAACAUCAGAACUACUCGCUUAUGAUGCAGCCCAAGCCCAGGAUGUUGAAAAGGUGGCAGAAGACAUUGAGUAUUUGAAGUUUGACAAAGGGCCAUGGUUGGAGCAGGAUGACACCACCUACCACCACAUGAGGAUGCUUGUGGAAGACAAACAAAGUGUGGCAAGCCUGACUUGUAUACCAAAGUUUCUGCCAGAGAUAACCAUCGGGGCCCUAGAGAGCGACGAACUGUACUAUGCCUAUAAAUCGCUGCCUGGGAAGUUGUAUGCCCCUGGUUAUAAUGCAGACAUUGGGGACAAACACAUCUGGCUGAAGUGAGGUCACAGGUCUGUCGCUGGCCAAUCUGCUCCCUGGGUGAACUCUGGACAUCUUGUCCAUUAUUGAUCCACCUGUCUUCUGUACAUCCCAAAUAAUUUGCAUGUAUUAAAGAAAUAAAAUUUGAAUCUAGUAAA